GUACAGACAGUACGAGUCAGUCAUCUCUGAAACUGAAUACAGUAGGAUGCGGAUUUUAACCUUGCUUGCCCUUUGUGCCUUCUUGUGCUGCUCUCAAGGCCGCGAGCAGGAAGAGUGCUUAAAGGAGAAUAUCCGAUUACCAAUGAUCAAAGAAAUGCAGCAGACCUUUCCAGAAAUCCACAAAUCUCUACCUAAGGACACCAGAGCCUCCAAACGAAUUUUGGGAAAACUUAAAAAGUGCUCUAAGAACAUUGCUGACUUCAAACAACUGCUGGACAUUUAUGAUGAACAUGUUUUCCAAAAGUUGUUGAAGAACCACCCACAUCAAAUACCGGGAGCCUUUAUGAAUUCUUUCAAAACACUCAGGAACGACAUGGAUCGAUGUGUGAACAGAGGCCCACAAACACCAUCUCGAUGUGCAAGGGAGACUCUUAAGAAAAUGAAGAAGCUGACGCAAGAUGAUCUUCACAAAGCUGUGAGCGAGUUUCAGAAUGUUUUGCUCUGGAUCAGUCAAACUAUGGACAGAGGAAGAUCACACAAGAAGAUUAAAUAAUAAUCCAGAUGGAGUGGUGAAAGCUGCGUUGAUACGCACGCACGCACGCACGCACACAUACACACAAUCACUUCCUCUAUCAAUGAUGGACAGACCACAUCCAAAAGAAGUUGGUUCCUAGAUGACAUUAACCACAUCCCGUAAUGAUCUUAUCUUCAACUGAAGCCAAUUUCUAGUUUAUAUAUCUGAAACAAGUUAAAUCAAUAUCUAAUAUUUAAUCUGAUUCUGUUUAGCUAUAGCUUAAGACCCAGUGUAAGCCACAGUUAGCGUACUAUAUUUCUGUACCAACAUUUGGCAAAUUUUAUAUUGAGCAGAAAUAUGUUUGUUUAUUCAAAAGAAUGUUACAGUAGGCAUA